UCCCCUUCCUUGCAAGAACAACAAGCACUGGAGGGCAGCAGAGAGCAUCGUCAAUGUGUUGCUGCUUUUCUUUUCUUUUGGGAAGACAGGAGGAUGGUCGGGAAAAGACGCUAGGAAUGAAUCUGCAUGCUGUAAUCGGGCACUUCCGUAGCCUCGAGCAUAUAAGAAGUUUUCCUGUUAACGGUGCCGCCAACCAUACUUCCUAAAUAGGACUAAAGCGAAUUUCAAACACAACUGCUUCGUGCUAGCAACGCUUUUAAAAAGAGCAAAGCGAAAUCUCAUCUGUGCUGAGGGCCUUCAUCAUGAGUGUCCUGCCUCCUGUGCGCAAGGACCGCAUCAUUAGCCAGCUUCCUAAGUGCUUCAGUAAAGAGGCCACGUUACACACAGAAGAUGGAUUUAAUUCCAAAGUGAAGACCGCUUGCCAGGAGCAGAGAACUGGCACUGUGGGGUUUAAAAUCUCCAAGGUUAUUGUAGUGGGAGACUUGGCUGUAGGGAAAACAUGUCUGAUUAAUAGAUUUUGCAAAGAUGUCUUUGACAAAAAUUACAAAGCUACCAUUGGUGUAGAUUUUGAGAUGGAGAGAUUUGAGGUGCUUGGAGUUCCAUUCAGCCUUCAGCUGUGGGACACUGCAGGUCAGGAAAGGUUCAAGUGCAUUGCUUCCACAUACUACAGAGGAGCUCAGGCCAUAAUAAUUGUUUUUGAUUUGACUGAUGUGGCCUCACUAGACCAUACCAGGCAAUGGCUGGAGGAUGCUAUGAAGGAGAACGACCCCACCAGUGUGUUGCUCUUCUUGGUAGGCACAAAGAAAGAUCUGAUUUCCCCGGCACAGUAUUCUCUUAAUGAACAGGACGCCAUUAAAGUGGCCCAAGAAAUGAAAGCGGAGUACUGGGCUGUGUCUUCUUUGUCUGGGGAAAAUGUGAGGGAGUUUUUCUUCCGUGUGGCAUCAGUAACAUUUGAGGCCAAUGUGCUGGCAGAACUGGAAAAAAGCCGCUCCAGGCGCAUUGGGGAUGUUGUCAAAAUCAGCAACAACUCGAGUAACUUGUAUGCAACUUCUAAAAAGAAACAGCCAAACUGUUGUCAGUAAAGGGAGUGAAAACCUGAGAUAUUUGCACUGAAUUAAAUGAUGGUACCAAAGUGACCUUAUAGGUACAGACAAACAAGGGAGACUAUAAAGUGUUAAAUGUUUAUUAAGAAUAUGUGAUUAGUACAGGCUGGAGUAAACAUUCCUUGAUUUUUUUUUUUUUUUUUCUCAUUUUCUUUUUCAUUUCUGUGGUUAAAGUUUUUAGUCCCCCCCCUCUUGCACAAAAUUUUUUCCUUCUGUUCUGUGCUUGAUGUUUGAAUUAUUAUGGUACUGUGGCAUAAAUCAUAACGGUCAGGUAAUUUGUUAAUUCUUUAGUUUACAUUGAACACUUUUAUUAAGAUCAUACUGAAUUGCACAAUUAAGUGACAGUUAUUGUAUUUUAAUAUAAAAUGCAGUUGCAAUAAGAAAGUAGUAUUAAGUACACCAACAGAAAUUUUAGAUACAUUUCUAUAGUUCGAUAGGAGUUUUGUACCGUUUUACACAGUAAUGUGCUGAACAAUUUAUGGCUUUUUUUUGUUAUACAUGUUCUUGUUUAUAUAUUGUAUACUCUGUUCUUAAAUUGGUUUAAUUAAAAUUUCUUAAGUAUUUUC